UGCACCAAACUAUUUGUAGAGGCAUUGGGCCAAAUUGGGCCAGCCCCUCCAUUGAAGGUACACGUUGACUGCAUGACCUCCCGAAAGCUUGUGCGACUACCUGGACUGUUAAAUGUCCACGUGCACCUUCGGGAACCGGGUGGAACACACAAAGAGGACUUCUCCUCAGGCAGAGUGGCCGCCCUGGCUGGGGGUGUCACCAUGGUGUGUGCCAUGCCUAAUAACCGGCCCCCCAUCAUCGAUGCCCCUGCUCUGGCCCUGGCCCAAAAGUUGGCAGAAGCUGGUGCCCGCUGUGACUUUGCCUUAUUCCUUGGGGCCUCAUCUGAAAAUGCAGGGACCCUGGACCCUCUUGCUGGGUCUGCUGCAGGGUUGAAGCUCUACCCCAAUGAGACCUUCUCUGAGCUGCGCUUGGAUAGUGUGGCCCAGUGGAUGGAGCACUUUGAGACGUGGCCGUCCCACCUCCCCAUUGUGGCCCACGCAGAGCGGCAAAGUGUUGCGGCCAUCCUCAUGGUGGCUCAGCCGACCCAGCGCUCCGUGCACAUCUGUCACGUGGCACGGAAGGAGGAGAUCCUACUGAUCAAAUAUGUGGCACCUCCUAGUCUGCACAUCAUGCCACCCAAUGUCCGGGCUUUUGUGGCUUCCCGGGGCACCAAGCAGGAGGAAUUUGAGAGCAUUGAGGAGGCUUUGCCUGACACCGAUGUGCUCUACAUGACUCAAAUCCAGAAGGAACGCUUUGGCUCAACCCAGGAGUACGAAGCUUGCUUUGGCCAGUUCAUCCUCACUCCUCACAUCAUGACCUGGGCCAAGAAGAAGAUGGUAGUGAUGCACCCAAUGCCCCGUGUCAAUGAGAUAAGUGUGGAAGUGGACUUGGACCCUCGAGCGGCCUAUUUCCGCCAGGCUGAGAAUGGCAUGUACAUAUACAUGGCUCUGUUAGCCACAGUGCUGGGCCAUUUCUAG